CCAGCGACGGUCACACUGCAAAACCGAACCGGCUGCGCAAAAAUUAUAAUAGUAAUUUGUAGUGUAAAUUAAAAAAUUUUAUUCAACUGUACAACAAUGACCAGCGAGUGUCGAAUCUGCGGCGAGCGCAUCUUUACGCCGCACCCAAAGAACAUCUUCGAGAAGCGAAACCAUCGCAUUCGGAUGGCCAUCGAGCAAAUCACGGGCUUAGAGAUCGUUUUGGAGAAGAUGCUGCCCCAGCACAUCUGCUCCUGUUGUCUUCUGGACCUGACCCAAGCCGUAGCCUUCAGGCAACGCUGCCUGGAGACGCACGCGAAUCUUCACCAGAGGAGCUCCCCAAAGUCGAGUGUCGCCCCUAAAGGCUCCGCGGAGGCUUUGCAAGUGCGAAGUGAUCCUAUACUGAAGCGGGAAGUGCAGGAGGAUACGGUCGACACCGAGGACGAUAAGGAGCUAAUGGAGGAUGAUAGAGAAUUCUUGGACGAAGAUAAAGAGUUCAUGGAUGACGAUAAAGACUUCUUGGAGGACGUAAAGCCGAUUGCAAGUUUCUCUCCGGCCAAGAAAAUUAGACUCGAGGCCCAAAAACUCCCGAACAGCCAAUCCCCACGAGUCAGGGUCAAGCGCCUUCGUGUGCAGGAGGUCGAGAAGUCAGAUAGUCCGCCGCAAUCUCCGCGGGAGCGCGUCCGAAAGCCCAGAAAGCGGCGACCAAAGCCCAAAGUCGAUCGCUCGAUCAAGAGAUAUGUGUGCGACCAGUGCGGUUGGUCGUUUAACGACCACAGCAACAUGAAGGAUCACAAGUUGCGUCACUUCGAGGAGAAGUUUUCGUGCGACGAGUGUGGUCGCAAAUUCUACACCAUGCCACUGCUCCGAUUGCACAUCCGAGUCCAUCACAAGGGCGAGAAACCUUACGUCUGCAAGUUUUGCGGUAUGGGAUUCGCCAAUAGUCCCAGCCGCUGUCGUCAUGAGCGUCAAAUGCAUGCUAACGAGCUGGUCCAUCCCUGCAAAAUAUGCGGCAAACGUUUUAACAGCGAGAAGGGUCGGUUGAAGCACGAGGAGGGGCACAAGAGUGACCAACCAGAUGUCCACAUCUGCCUCACCUGCAACAAGGAGUUCAAGGAGGCGCAGUUUCUGCAUCGUCACUACUCCACCAAGUACCACCGCAAGCGGGUCAACUUGUUGGUGGACGACCCGAAAGAGGAAUUUCAGUCAGAUGCCGAUCCGGAGGAGAGUCCAGGAUAUAUGGAAGAGGGGCAGGCAGAAAUGGAGGACAGCCAGGCCGAACUGGAUGUAAUUUUGGAGGACGUGGAGGAGGAACAGUAUGAGGACCACGAAGAACUUCUGGACCAGGACGCGCCCUUUGAAGACUACGAGUAUGACGAAGUCAUUGCGGAGGACGGGCUGUACACAUAAUUUUAAAUACACACAACCUACGACUCCUUUGGCGCCACACGUUCGCCAAUGCCAGGGAUGAAGACUAUCGGACUAUUUUGGUGAUUCAAAUAACUUAUUUGAUCCAAUAGCCAUAAGACGAUUAGCACUAACAUUUGAAGGAAUUCCACUUCGGUCACGGAUUACAAUUUGUUAAAAAAUUUAUUUUAAUUACAAAUUACGUUUUUUUUAAAUAAAAAUCAUAUAGAACCAAUGUAUAUUUUACAUUUAGAUAGUCUAAGAUAACAAAAACAAAAUUGUAAUCAAUAAAAACUAGUUCGGUUUUGUA